AUGCGCUGGCUGGGCGUCCUGGCUGGGGCCUACAUGUCCCUCACGUUCGUCACAGGCUUCAUUUCCAUCUCCUCCCCAACUCAUCUCCACCUGGACACUUAUGAGCUGCACUUGAAGCAGCUUCUGCAACGGAUUCUGUGGUCAGCCAAUGUGAAGAGAUGCUUUGGUGUCAUCACGGAUGACCUCCACUAUUCCAUUUACGACAGGAGGUUCUUUGAGGCAGCAGGACGACAGGUAGUACCCUUCUUUGUGAUGCGUAUCAAUGCCAGCGAGGAUCUGGCGAGACCCACCAGGCGGGUGGAGCUCAUCCUGAAGGCCAUCAAGGCCAGUGAUUGUGAACUUAAUGUGAUCACCAUACUGAACGGCUGGCAGAUGCAGCGUUUUUUGCGAUAUAUUUACGCCACUAGGUCCUUGGAUGCCCAGAGCAAGUUUAUCCUUUUGCAUGACUCAAGACUUUUCGAGAGGGAUAUGCUGCAUCUGUGGAGUGUGUUUCUAGGAACGGUGUUCCUCAAAUGGGAGUUGGAUGAUAGUAGAUUCAUCAUCUCUACAAUAGCCUUUCCCGAAAUUUUAAGCGGCGUUUUGGUGGUAAAAAAUAUUGCCAAUUGGGAAAUGGGCAAAAGUGUCAAUGGAAAAAUUAUAUUUGCAGAUAAAACAAGUAAUUUAUACGGUGCCUCUGUUCCCGUGGCCAUUUCCGAACACGUUCCCAUGGUUAUGUGGCUGAACACCACUAAUAGUUACCAAGGCGUUGAAGUGGAGAUCAUGAAUGCCCUGGGCAAGGCUUUGAAUUUCCAACCCACUUACUACAAGCCAAACCAAAGCGAAAAUGCAGAUUGGGCGCUAGGAGGGGAAAACUAUGGAAGUACCGAAGGAUUUAGUGAGAAUGAAACCAGCAUAGAUUCUUUACUUAUAGAAGAGGUGGCUUCUCACAAUGCUCGCUUUGCCAUAGGUGACUUGCAUCAGUUUCAGGUGUAUCUGCAAUCCGUGGAGCUCAGUUUACCUCACAAUUUCGACUGCCUCACCUUUCUUACACCCGAAUCCUCUACGGACAAUUCCUGGCAGACCUUCAUCCUGCCUUUCAGUGGGGGCAUGUGGGCGGGUGUCCUGCUCUCCCUGUUCAUUGUGGGCACUGUGUUUUAUGGCAUUAGUUUUCUGAAUGCAAUUCUAACUAGAGGAGGUUCUACAGGAUUUUUUCGCUGCCUUAGGAGGAAUUGUGGGGUUCCCCUGGAUCCCAAGAUAUAUCGCAGGCUUAGUUUUAGGAUUGCCAUAGCCCGCUGUCGUCCUUCUAAGGAAUCAAGACGACCUCGUGAUCUUUUCGAUGAUUAUGCGAAUUGUAUACUGCUUACGUACAGCAUGCUCCUCUAUGUGGCCUUGCCACGAAUGCCUCGGAAUUGGCCGCUGAGGGUCCUGACGGGUUGGUACUGGAUCUACUGCAUUCUGCUGGUGGCCACUUAUAGGGCCAGUUUUACUGCCAUUUUGGCCAAUCCGGCAGCGAGAGUCACCAUCGACACCCUGGAGGACCUUCUGCUCUCCCACAUUCCACCCUCUGCUGGUGUCUCCGAAAACCGACAGUUUUUCCUGGACGCCAAUGAUGAAGUGGCCCGAAAAGUGGGUCAGAAAAUGGAGGUGAUCAGCCAAAUGGAGGAUCUGACCGCACGUAUAGCCAAGGGUCAGUGUGCCUACUACGACAGCGAGUUCUUUUUGCGGUACUUGAGGGUGGCUGAUGAUUCUGGAUCUGGUAUAGGAUCCACUUUACAUAUCAUGAAGGAUUGUGUGGUCAAUAUGCCGGUUGUUUUGGCCAUGGAAAAGAACUCGGCUUUAAGGAAACGCGUGGAUAGCUCUAUACAACACCUGGCUGAGGGGGGCUUGAUAACCAAGUGGCUCAAGGAUGCCAUUCAGCGUCUGCCCGCCGAGGCUCCUGCCCAACAGGAGGCUCUGAUGAAUCUACAGAAAUUCUGGAGCUCCUUUGUGGCCCUGAUCAUUGGCUAUGUGGUUUCCAUUAUAAUCCUAAUGGCUGAGAGAUGGCACUACAAGCAUAUAGUGAUGAAGCAUCCCAUGUUUGAUGUCUACAAUCGUAGUUUGUACUAUAACUUCAAGAGGAUAUAUCCAGAUUAA